CAAGGAGGGAGGGGAAUGUCCGCUGGGGUCUCGACGCAGCAGAGGCGACGCGAGAUGGCGGCAGCGGCAGCGGCGGCUACCUCAGACUCGGGUCUCCGGCCCAGGCUCUUGGCUUGAAACCCCGCGCACUUUGUGAGCUUCGGUUUCUUCGUCUGUGAAAUGGUUCGGGUCAUGGCCUCGUCCCUGGAGAUGACCUGAAUAAGCAAGAGAAGAGUGGCGGACGCUCUAGCCACGAGGACGAGAAGGGAGCCGGAGGCGUGUUUUGGGAAGGGUUCUGUGUGGGACAUGGUGUUUGGGUGCAGAGACAUCCCUGAGAGAUGCAGGAGGGCGGAUUGAGGAUCAGACCCGGCUGCUGCUGUGUUUGAGUUGACAGCCAAAUACUUCCUGAGGGCCUACUCUGCACCAGGUGUUGGGGUUAGAAAGGAGCUGGUCGCUGUCGGCCAAGCAAGAUUGGGGCUAGUCGUCGUCCACCUCCAGCUCGCGUAAGGGUGGCUGUGCGACUGCGGCCAUUUGUGGAUGCAACAGUUGGAGCAAGCGAUACCCCCUGUGUGCGGGGCAUGGACAGCUGCUCUCUAGAGAUUGCUAACUGGAGGAACCACCAGGAGACUCUCAAAUACCAGUUUGAUGCCUUCUAUGGGGAGAGGAGUACUCAGCAGGACAUCUAUGCAGGUUCAGUGCAGCCCAUCCUAAGGCACUUGCUGGAAGGGCAGAAUGCCAGCGUGCUUGCCUAUGGACCCACAGGAGCUGGGAAGACGCACACAAUGCUGGGCAGUCCAGAGCAACCUGGGGUGAUCCCGCGGGCUCUCAUGGACCUCUUGCAGCUCACAAGGGAGGAGGGCGCCGAGGGCCGGCCAUGGGCCCUUUCUGUCACUAUGUCGUACCUAGAGAUCUACCAGGAGAAGGUAUUAGACCUACUGGACUCUACAUCGGGAGACCUGGUGAUCCGAGAAGACUGCCGGGGGAACAUCCUGAUUCCGGGUCUUACCCAGAAGCCCAUCACUAGCUUUGCUGAUUUUGAGCGGCACUUCCUGCCAGCCAGUCGAAAUCGGACUGUAGGAGCCACCCGGCUCAACCAGCGCUCCUCCCGCAGUCAUGCUGUGCUCCUGGUCAAGGUGGACCAGCGGGAACGUUUGGCCCCAUUUCGCCAGCGAGAGGGAAAACUCUACCUGAUUGACUUGGCCGGGUCAGAGGACAACCGGCGCACAGGCAACAAGGGACUUCGGCUAAAAGAGAGCGGUGCCAUCAACGCCUCCCUGUUUGUCCUGGGCAAGGUGGUAGAUGCGCUGAAUCAGGGCCUCCCUCGUGUACCUUAUCGGGACAGCAAGCUCACUCGCCUAUUGCAGGACUCUCUGGGUGGCUCAGCCCACAGCAUCCUUAUUGCCAACAUUGCCCCUGAGAGACAUUUCUACCUAGACACAGUCUCUGCACUCAACUUUGCUGCCAGGACCAAGGAGGUGAUCAACCGGCCUUUUACCAAUGAGAGCCUGCAGCCUCAUGUCUUGGGACCUGUUAAGCUGUCUCAGAAAGAAUUGCUUGGUCCACCAGAGGCAAAGAGAGCUCGAGGCCCUGAGGAAGAGGAGAUCGGGAGCCUUGAGCCCAUGGCAGCUUCAGCCUCUGCCUCCCAGAAACUCAGCCCCCUGCAGAAGCUAAGCAGCAUGGACCCGGCCAUGCUGGAGCGCCUCCUGAGCUUGGACCGUCUGCUGGCCUCCCAGGGGAGCCAGGGAGCCCCUCUGUUGAGUACCCCAAAGCGAGAGCGGAUGGUGCUCAUGAAGACUGUGGAAGAGAAAGACCUGGAGAUUGAGAGGCUUAAGAUGAAACAAAAAGAACUGGAGGCCAAGGUGUUGGCCCAGAAGGCUGAAGACUCAAAGGAAAAGGAGAACCAUUGUCCCACGAUACUCCGGCCCCUUUUGCAUCGCACAGUCACAGUGGCAAAGCCCCUGAAAAAGGCUGUGGUGAUGCCCCUACAGCUAAUUCAGGAGCAGGCAGCAUCCCCAAAUGCCGAGAUCCAUAUCCUGAAGAAUAAAGGCCGGAAGAGAAAGCUGGAGUCCCUGGAUGCCCCAGAGCCUGAGGAGAAGGCUGAGGACUGCUGGGAGCUACAGAUCAGCCCGGAGCUACUGGCUCAUGGGCGCCAAAAAAUACUGGAUCUGCUGAACGAAGGCUCAGCCCGGGAUCUCCGCAGUCUUCAGCGUAUUGGCCCGAAAAAGGCUCAGCUAAUCGUGGGAUGGCGGGAGCUCCACGGCCGCUUCAGCCAGGUGGAGGACCUGGAACGCGUGGAGGGCAUAACGGGAAAACAGAUGGAGUCCUUCCUGAAGGCAAACAUCCUGGGUCUCGCCGCCGGCCAGCGCUGUGGCCCCUCCUGACCGUCGUCUCUUCACUCCGCCUUUUUAAAUCCUUGUAUAACCCUGUGUUGUGUAAAUACAGUUUUUGCUCUGGUG